AUGAGGCAGCUCAGCCUGAGCGCCAGCGGCUCAUCAUCAGCAGCUUCCUCUUCACGCACGGCAUUCACAGGCGCUCGCCGGUGUCUCACGACUUCGGCUCCUCGCAGACAAGAUGGAGACCAAGCAGACGUGGCCCCUUCUGCGCCAGCCUACCCCUUCUCAUCCCAGGUUCGCGCCUUCCCCUCGGUGCCAGCUGCAGGUUCAGAGGGGCAUGCACCCCUACAAAAGGUCAACAACUUGAAGAGGGGCGUCCUACCCUAUGUCCACCACCAGCUACGCUCCCACCUAGACCCUGCCGCCCGCCUCACAUCCCUCUUCACAAGAGGUUCAAAGCAGCAGAUCCCCAUCGGAUCGGUCUUGAUGGUUGAGACGUGGACCAACUCCUCAAAGUACUCCACUACGACAUUUUCCGGUGUUCUGCUGGGCGUGCGCAGAAGAGGUACCAGCACCAGCUUUGUAGUGAGGAAUCUGGUACUGAAGCUGGGAGUGGAGAUGAGAUUCAACCUUUACUCGCCGCUGUUGAAGGAUGUAAGGGUCAUCUCGAGGGCAGAGGUGGGCAAGAACAACAAGACGGGUGGAUUGAGAAGAGUCAGGAGGGCAAAGCUCUACUACCUCCGCUCAAGGAACAGUCAGGUGGCUGGUGUCAGCAGGAUGAUCAAGUCAAGGAAGAAGCAGGACGAUUUGGUCGCACAGAAGGAGGCAGCGGCAUUGGCCAGAGGCAAGUCGGGCAAGCAACUGGUGCCUUAG